AUGAGUCGAACUGGUGAGACGGGGGACCGAACGAAGAAGGUUACAAGAACAUCGGUGGGCACUCCAUUUGUUAGAGAACAGGAAAAGGCUUUAGGGAAUGAGGUGGUUGCCUGGAGCAAAGGAGUAUCGGGCGAUGUUGAGAAGCCAAUUGUCAUUAGUGGCCCUUCUGGAGUGGGUAAAGGUACCUUGAUAUCAAAGCUAAUGAAAGAAUUUCCAUCCAUGUUCGGAUUUUCUGUGAGCCACACAACUCGAGCACCAAGAGAAAAGGAGCGGAAUGGGAUUCAUUAUUAUUUUACUGACCGCAAUGUAAUGGAGAGAGGGAUAAAGGAUGGCAAGUUCCUCGAGUUUGCUUCCGUUCAUGGUAAUCUCUAUGGAACCAGUGUAGAAGAUGUUGAGGUGGUUGCUGAUGCUGGCAAGGUAUCCCUGCUUCCAUUUCCAGAAUCAAUAGAUUUAUCCAGCGAACUUUCAGUGUCAAAGAUUGAUCAAAAGCUUCUGAUCAACUCUAGUGCUGUUGAACAUGAAAAGGCAUCAAACAACAUGUACGUUCAGGACUUAUCUUUGCUCAAAGGAGGAGCCCCAGGACGGACAAGAGGACUAAACAUGUACGCCAACUGUGAGAACCAGCUGAGCUCUAAUAUCACACAUCCCAGAACUUAGUGGUAUCCAGUUCUGUUUCAAAGUUGUUUUUCUUCUUUAAGUCAAACGCAGAGGGCUCGAACCCCUUUGAGAGAACCACAGUUUUUUUAUUUCCUGAUAUCAAUGUAGAAAGAGAUCUAUGAUGGAUCUUGCUAACCUAGUACUACUCCCUCUGUCCCGCUUUAUGCGUUGCAGUUACUUUUUCAACAAGUUUAUUCAGUUCUCAUAGAA